AUGUAUUUUAACAAUAAAUCAUCAUCAUUUAGUAAUGCAGAAACCAAUACAGAUUUAACUAUGCCAUUUAAUUCAAUGCUACAUAUUGAUUAAAUGGCUAAGAUGAAUAAUACAAAGAUUCGUUUGUAUUGUUAAUUAUCAGAACAUGAAGGAAAAUUGUAUAUAUUAUUUUUAUAGAUUAGGCCUAACUUUAAUGAAUUAAUAUUUGAUCCAUCAAGUUUGGGAAGAUAUAAAAAUUUUAUAGGUGCAUCUUCAAAGAUUGCUAAUUAUAUCAAAUUACUAGACCCAAAGAUUAGAAAGAAAUUUAUUGUUGAAGAAAAAUAUAAUGAUUAUUUGAAGUAUAUAAUUAAAGAUUGAUAUUAAAAGGUAAUCAACACACACAAAAAAAGAAUGUGAUAAAAUUAAAGCCUUAAUUAAUGAACAUAAUUCAAUCUAUACAUUUAAUCUAAAAGGAUUAGCUAGAAUAUAAUAUCCUAAUAAAGCUAAUAAAAAGAUUCCUUGUAAAGAGAACUCUAUUUCUACUAGAGUUCAUUAAGAAUCAAAAGUAUUUGAAGAAAUUAAAGAUAUAGAUUUAACUAGAAUUCAUGCAACUUAAAGAGGAAGAAAAGUAAAAGUUAAGCAUUUAAAACAUAAAUAAUAUUCACAAUUGUAUUUUAAUGAUUCUCCAAGAAGUGUUCCUCUGUAACCUAUCAAAAGAUCUAAAGUGUAUUAACCCAAUGUUAAUUGA